AUGCCUCCACCAUCACGAUUCGCGUACGAGAUCAGGUGCACUGGAGAGGAAACAUACUUCAAGGUGAAGAAGACUACUCGAAUGGAGAAGGUGUUCACCACGUACGCUUCGCGGAAGGGUGUGAGCGUGUCUGCCUUGCGAUUCCUUCUUGAUGGCUCACGUGUCGGUGCGGAAGACACCCCCACGUCGUUGGAGCUUGAAGACCAAGACCAGAUUGACUGCAUGCUGGAGCAGCAAGGCGGUUGAGCCGACCCUGUCGGGUCGGAGUUGGAACUGGGUUGUUGUGCGGGACCGAUGUUUUUCCGUAUUGGUAGUUUCUGGGGCUUGGUUCGUGGCCCCACGUACUCUCAGUUUCGGCAGUAUUUUUUUCGGCCCAGAAAACGGAGGUAUCUGAGAGCGCGAUUAGAGUUGAGCAGGCAAGACUGAAACGCGGAUGCCCGCUGCUUACAGCUGAUAGAACGGGUUGCGGCAUGCCACCCAGCAUAGGUGUAGAAUGUAGAUUGAACCAACGUGCACCUUGUCAGCCCUGAUUAAGCUCGUUUGACAAGGGUAAGGUAACGCUCUGCAACUUGCGGCUGCCAUCGUGCAGGUUGCCGUUGGGAAGAGUACUGGUUGGAUAUGUGCGAGGAACGGUCAAUUUGCAACGGUCGUGGGUUCAUGGUCUCCCCUGAGAGCGAGCUAGAAAUCUGCCUUCGUGUCCGUGGUUCGAUCCCGCUAUCGUUGUCGUUGCUUUUGCGUAGUUAGGUGUACGCGCACCAGCGCCACGCAGUACUUUUGGAAUCCCAGAGGCAGGUGGUGUAUUGGGACACAUUUGUAAAAUAUGAAUGGACUCUAAUAUUCGGUCGUGUCCUAAGUCCCAAGAGGAUUGUGGGCGACAGACAAAGUCAAUCACGCUUUCCACGCGACCCAGGCGCCUUUGUUCUAGACGCAACAAGCUUCGGUUUCGCUCCCUGCGUGUAUCCUUUGGCGGUUCUCUAUAAAAAAAAACAAUAGUGCAUGGAGUACGCCGGCGAGGGAGUAUCCACAGGGGAGGGGGCUCCGGAUGGAGCAGGAAGCCUCACCAAAUCCAAUCCGCUCCGACGAAUACAUUAGUUAGUGGUACCCAUGGCAGCACUCAGACAAGUUAGUUUAUGGUGCGUAGGUCGUAUGCGUUUCACCAUGAAACAACGACCACUACUUAGAUAUGGGUAUCCGAGGAACGAUCUUGCCUGCUGCGUCUAAUCAAGGUAUUUCGCAUG